UUCCUCCUCUUUCACUUUCCUUUCCCCGGAAAGCGGGUCCUGCCUCUCGAGCAUGGACGACCUGAAUUGCGAUUCCACUUGGGAGGACGAGAGCGAGGAGGAUGGCGAGGACGGCCAGGAGGAUGAUACGGGCGAUGCGGACACGGGCGACGAGGACGACGACGCGGAGGAGACACGGCCAGGCGUGUUCCAGCCCAAGAUGAUGGGGUACCGAAACUGGCGAGCUAUGCAGGACAUGCAAAGGUACCGACACCGCUAUCCGGAUUUGGCAGAUCAAGACUGUAAUGGCGACAUGUCCAACCUCAGUUUCUACAAGAAUGAGAUCUGCUUCCAGCCAAACGGUUCUUUCAUUGAGGAAAUUCUUCAGAAAUGGAAAGACAACUAUGAGCUCCUUGAAGAGAAUCACUCCUACAUCCAGUGGCUGUUUCCUCUGAGGGAACCGGGAGUGAACUGGCACGCCAAGCCCCUCACACUCAAGGAGAUUGACGCAUUCAAAAGCUCCAUGGAGGUCAAAGAGCGUCUUGUCCAGGCCUAUGAGCUCAUGCUGGGCUUUUAUGGGAUCCAACUUAAGGACCGGGACACAGGUGCAGUCUGCCGUGCACAGAACUUCAAGUCACGCUUUGACAACCUGAACAGACACAGCCACAACAACCUGCGUAUUACGCGCAUCCUCAAGUCACUGGGUGAGCUGGGCCUGGAGCACUACCAGGCACCGCUGGUCCGCUUCUUCCUGGAGGAGACACUAGUGGAGAACAAAUUACCCAGCGUGCGCCAGAGUGCCCUGGACUACUUCCUGUUCGCCGUGCGCUGCCGGCACCAGCGCCGAGAGCUGGUGCACUUUGCUUGGAAGCACUUCAAGCCACGCUGCCAGUUUGUCUGGGGGCCCCAUGACAAGCUGCGGAGAUUCAGGCCCCAGCCACUCUGGGCACUAGGGCAGGCAGAUAAGGAUGAGGGCUCCAGAAACCCCUCCCAAGAGGCUGGCACACGGGGUCGGACCUAUGGAUCUGGAAGGAACCUGGGUGGGGACAGGGGAACAACUGAGGAUCCCCGGCUGCUGAGCACAAAGACCCAAGAUGAUGUGGGAACCUUGGAUGGGGACCAGAGGGGUGAGGCUGAGUCCCUGAGCCCCAAAGAGAGCAAGAAGAGAAAGUUGGAGGGAAACAGGCAGGAGCAGAGCCCAUGGGAGGCAGAUCCUCAGGUAGAGAAAAUUGUCCACAACCUUGAGGGGUGUGCCCUCAGCCCCAGCAGCCAGAAACCUAGGGAGGCUGAACAGCCCUGUCCUGUUACCCACGGGGCCGAGGUGACUGAUGAGGUAAGAAAACGUAGGAAGUUGGAGGAAGGGACUGGGGGUGAUGGAGUAGCCAGUAACCAUAGCACUGAUACGUUAUGCCCUGCCCUGCCUCCUACACCUUCAGAGUGUCCUGAGGCCCAAAAAGAUGAGAAUGGGCCAGAGGACCCAGAAAGCCAGGUGGGGACAGAGGACCCAGAAAGCCAGGUGGAGUCAGAGGACCCAGAAAGCCAGGUGGAGUCAGAGGACCCAGAAAGCCAGGUGGGGACAGAGGACCCAGGAAGCCAGGUGGGGACAGAGGACCCAGGAAGCCAGGUGGAGUCAGAGGACCCAGAAAGCCAGGUGGGGGUAGAGUACCCAGAAAGCCAGGUGGGGGCAGAGGACCCAGAAAGCCAGGUGGGGGUAGAGUACCCAGAAAGCCAGGUGGAGUCAGAGGACCCAGAAAGCCAGGUGGGGGUAGAGUACCCAGAAAGCCAGGUGGGGGUAGAGUACCCAGAAAGCCAGGUGGGAGUAGAGCAAGGUACCUUUGGGAACUUGGUGGAACACCCUGACACCACAGAAGUCUCAGUGGGUGAGUCAGAGAGGUUGGCAGGGAUGGGGACUUCUGCUGAACCCCCAAAGCCUUAGAGGUGCAUCUCAGUCCUGCUCCACCCACUGCAGGGGUUGUCUUGUGUCCUAGAGCCCUGUUGUUAGCUCUUCUUGGUGCCCCACAGUGCUGGCCUCUCCCUGGUGGCCACUGAAGCAGCCACCAGGGGGACUGAGGCUCUGCCUUCAGAACCCUCCUUACCUCACUGUGUCCUCCCCCACUGCCCUCUGAGCCCCGUGUUUGUGAACAGACCCUAAGGGUCUCGGGGGAGGGGCCUCUUUUCUUAAUCUGGUGCCAAGUGAGGCCUUUUCUGAAUAAACUCUUUGGACUUUG